AAGAGCUCCCACCCACAAAUUUUCAAGAGAAAGACAUCAAGACAUGUCCACUAGAAACUCUAGAAUGAAUUUUGGGCGUGGUAGAGGUAGAGUUAAUAGUCGAAUUCGUGGUGACUGGGAAUCUGAGCGUGAAUAUUCUGGUGAAUUUUACAAUGGUCCAAGUCAACAGUUCCGCGGCGCCAGGUCAAAAUAUCAAUCUGCUAUUGCUGAUAAUGAUCUGGAGUAUAAUAAUGUUGGACCUGAUGACUCAUAUGUCGUCAAUGGUCGGUUAGGUAGAAAGCCCUUGAAUGAUGGCUCAUACAUAGCACCAAGAAGAAGGUCACCAGGAGGAGGAAGAGAUGGCAUCCAAAUGGGUCAUAGAAAUCCAAGACCCGUUAGUCCAAAUAGUAGAUGUAUUGGAGGAGAUGGUUCAGAGAUAGUUGGCAUGAGGCAUAGCGAUAAAUUCAUGAGAGGUUUCCCUGAUGACACUCUAAGUUCUGUGUAUACACGUCCCCAACAAUUUGAGGGUAUGGAUGGUCGGUUUUCAAGAGGAAGGGGUAGGAAUUUUUCUUCCAUGCAGAGAAGGGGUGGUAUUUCUCGAAUGCGCUCAAAAUCGCCAAUCAGAUCGAGGAGUCGCUCACCUGGUCAAUGGUCAUCUCCUAGAAGAAGGUCCCCUAGAAGAAGAUCUCCAGAGGGUUUUGGUGGCCAUCAAGAAAUGACUCAUAGAAGAUCACCAUUAUACAGGGUUGACAGAAUGAGAUCCCCUGAUCGACCUGUUUUCAGUGGGGAAAGAGUGGUGAGGAGGCAUGGCUCACCUCCAUUUAUAUCACGACCUUCUAAUGAUAUGAGGGACAUUGAUUCUGCAAGGGACCAUGGUCAUCCAAGGUCUGUCAUUUCUAAUAGAAGUCCAUCUGGUCGAAUUUUAAUCAGAAACAACAGAAGAUUUGAUGUUGUUGAUCCCCGAGACCGUGCCGAUAAUGAUGAUGAGUACUUUAAUGGUGGAGGGCCUAUGCAUUCUGGUAGGAUGCUAGAGCUUAAUGGUGAAGGAAAUGGUGAGGAGAGAAGAAGGUUUGGUGAGAGACGAGGUCCUGUGCGUUCUUUCAGGCCUCCUUAUAACAAUAAUAAUAAUAAUGGUAAUAAUGCAGGCGAUAAUUUUCAUCUUAAUGCUGAAGAUGGACCUAGACAUUAUAGAUUCUGUUCAGAUAAUUCAGAUUUUCACGAGAGAAGCAACAACAUGAGGGAAAGGGACUUUGAUAGACGGAUUAAGGGUAGGACUGGAAAUGGGCCACCUAGAAGAACAAGAAAUAUGGAUGAUCAGGAAGAGAAUUUCAGGCAUGGUGGACAACAGGUUUGGAGUGAUGACAGUUUUGAUGAUAUUUCACGAGUGAAGAGGAAAAGAUUUUGAAUGAUUUCCCCUUUUAUAUAUAAUCAGAAAAGUCUCCUGCUGGAAAUGCUGGAGGACGAUGGAAUUUGUAUUGCAGUUUUCACCUACAGAUUAGACUAGUUUUUAAUAAUAAAUAGUUAUUAUUUAGUGUCCCUUGCUUUAAGCUUGAGCCAUUCUAAGUGGUAAAAAUGAAGUUCGUUGUGGUUGUAAAAGCAGCGUGCAUGGAAGUGUGGGCAGAUUGUGGAGGAAGGAAUUGUGAAAACCAAAGUUGAUGAACAAAUAAAUUUAGUUUGGACUUCGGUAUGGGACCUAACUCUUGUCUAUAAGCUUGAACCAUUAAUCGUACAAAAAUAAAUAAAUUGAACCAUUAAUAAAUAAAAAUGAGAAAGAUGGGUCGCGUGAUUGAAGGGAGGCUCUUCCCGUUUUAA